CACUGUAGCAGGAGUGGAGGUCAGCGGAGGAGGCUCAUAGGGUCCCCCUACUCCUUCCCUAGAGCCUCCAGCCUAGCUUUGGACAAGGGCCCCAAGGGGCCUGUAGGACACUGCCCAGGGGUCCCAUGCACACUCUCCCCCCAUUGGCUGGCUGCACCAGCAUGCAAAUGAGGGCGCGCGUCACUUCCGGAGGCAAAUCGAGCGCCAUUUUCUCUUUCUGGCCGUGCUGGGAGGAGGGGACGGGGUCGCGGGGUGGGCGCGCGCUGAGGCGGGGGUCCCGCCGUGCGGGCGGAAGCGGGCGCGGGUGCGGCCCGGUGGGCGCGGCAACAGGCGGCGGGGAAAGCGCGGCGCUCUGGGCGCCCAGCGAAAGAAGAAUGACAGUUCCUUGGUCAUACUCCAAACAUUGAACAAGAAACUACAGAGCCUGUUUAAAACUUGCCCAAUCACGGACAGCCUCAUUUCUGUGUCCUCCUCCUGAGUCAGCCAGUCAGCAGCAGCCUGCAGAGAUCCAACCUGUGAAAAAUCAGCAGGUCCUAAACUUUCUUCCGGAAGUGCACCAGUCAUGCUUCUCCAAACUCUGUGAAAAGAUCAGCACUUGCUAAGAAAAUUUCAAAGAUGUUUCAAAUUCCUGUGGAAAAUCUUGACAACAUCAGGAAGGUGCGGAAAAAGGUGAAAAGCAUUCUUGUGGAUAUUGGGCUUGACUACUGCAAGGAGUUGCUGAAGGACCUUAAAGGCUUUGAUCCAGGAGAGAAAUACUUUUAUAACACAUCAUGGGGAGAUGUUUCUCUCUGGGAACCUUCUGGGAAGAAAGUGCAGAGGUACCGAACAAAGCCUUACUGCUGUGGCGUGUGUAAAUACUCCACAAAAGUGCUUACUUCAUUCAAAAACCAUUUACAUCGUUACCAUGAAGAUGAAAUUGACCAAGAGCUGGUGAUCCCUUGUCCAAACUGUGUAUUUUCUUCUCAACCCAAAGUUGUGGGGCGGCAUUUCAGAAUGUUCCAUGCACCUGUUCGGAAAGUCCAGACCCACACAGUGAAUAUUUUAGGUGAAACUAAAGCAUCUAGGAGUGAUGUGAUCAGUUUCACAUGUUUAAAAUGUAAUUUUUCAAACACUUUGUACUAUAGCAUGAAGAAGCAUGUGCUGGUAGCCCAUUUUCACCAGUUAAUCAACUCCUACUUUGGCCUACGAACUGAGGAAAUGGGUGCACAGCCGAAAACUGAGGAUGCCCUUUCUGCUGAAAGGAUGCCGCCACCUGACAAGUAUUACUGUAAAAAGUGCAACGCCAAUGCCAGCAGCCAGGAUGCUUUAAUGUAUCAUAUUUUGACGUCAGAUAUCCACAGGGAUUUGGAGAAUAAGCUUCGAUCUGUGAUUUCAGAACACAUUAAGAAGACGGGACUUCUGAAGCAAAUGCAUAUUGCUCCCAAACCUGCUGUGCCUUUGCCCACACCCCCGAACCGCAGUGCACCGGCCGUCCCAGCCACACCUCCUUGCUUUUGUGUCGCCUUGCCACAGAGCAGUCAAAGUCAGAGUCCAAGCACCGUCCAGCCGGCGACUGUGGCCUCUGGUGCCGCAGGCAGCCUCACUUGCUCUCCGCCUGCUGUUGCCCAGCCCCAGGUGACUCUGGUCUCUAGUGCCCUGCCGGUAGGCCAGAGCAACCUUGCCCUGCCACCCUCGGCCCCGCAGCCUGUCUUUCUUUCUCACGGAGUUUCCCUUAACCAGUCUGCCAACCCUUCUGCGCUGCCCUUGAGUCAGCCAGUUGGGUCCAUAAACAAGUCUGUGAGAACUGGCGUCCUCCCCAUAAACCAGACCAUCCGCCCAGGGGUGUUACCCCUCAGCCAGCCGGUUGGGCCCCUGAGCAGACCUGUCGGGCCAGGAGUUCUCUCAGUGAACAGACCUGUGGGGUCUGGUGUCCUUCCUGUCAACCCAUCAGUCACCGCUGGGGUUCUUCAGGCAGUGUCACCUGGGGUGAUUUCUGUGAGUCGGACAGCCCCGUCUGGGGUCCUUCCUGCAGGCCAGAUGGCCCCGGCUGGGGUCGUCCCUUCUGGAAAAACAGUAGCCUCUGGUGUCCUCCCUGUGGGCCAGGUGGUCCCACCUGGAGUUCUUCCCACUGGGCUUAUGGCCCCAUCCCGGGUUCUCCCUCCUGGCCCAACGGUCCCACUCAGGGUUCUGCCAGCAGCCCAGGUGGUCCCACCCGGGCUCCUUUCUGCCAGCCCAGCGGUCCCAUCGGGUGUUCUGUCUGUGAACCAGGGAGUUAAUUCCGGAGUCCUUCAGCUCCGUCAGCCUGUCAUGUCAGGGGUGCUACCUGUGGGCCAGCCUGUAAGGCCUGGGGUCCUGCAGCCUAGUCGGCCUGUGAGCAUGGGUGCCAGCAUUCUGCCGGAUCAGCCAGUGAGGCCUGGCGCUUCGCAGAACACCACCUUCCUGACAUCAGGCUCUAUCCUCAGACAGCUGAUACCUACGGGGAAGCAGGUGAAUGGGAUUCCCACGUACACCCUGGCCCCGGUGUCUGUCACUUUGCCUGUGCCACCUGGAGGUGUGGCAACUGUUGCCCCACCCCAGGUGCCCAUGCAGCUCCUGCAGCCAGGCGCAGCUGCGCAGAUGGCCGGCAUGCCCUCCCCUCCGGUGGUGGUGAAUGCUGCUCAGAGUGUGUUUGUUCAGGCCCCUCCUCCUGGCGCAGAGGCGGAUCAGGUGCUCAGGCAGGCAAAGCAGUGGAAAACCUGCCCAGUUUGCAAUGAGCUCUUCCCUUCCAAUGUGUACCAGGUGCAUAUGGAAGUGGCUCAUAAGCACAGUGAAUCCAAGUCUGCUGAGAGACUGGAGCCUGAAAAACUGGCAGCAUGUGCACCAUUUCUGAAGUGGGUGAGAGAGAAGACAGCCCGGUGUCUGUCAUGUAAGUGCCUGGUGUCAGAGAGCGAGCUUAUCCAUCACUUACUCAUGCACGGCCUAGGCUGCCUCUUCUGCCCACGCACGUUCCAUGACAUCAAGGGUCUUUCAGAGCAUAGCAGGACCAUGCACCUGGGCAAGAAGAAGCUGCCCGUGGACUACAGUAACAGAGGUUUCCAGCUGGAUUUUGAUGCUAACGGCAGCCUUCUGUUUCCCCAUCUUGAUUUCAUCACCAUUUUGCCAAAGGAGGAGCUUGGGGAGCGGGAGGUGUACCUGGCAGUCCUGGCCGGGAACCACUCCAAGUCGCUGGUGCCCGUGUACAUCAAAGUGAGGCCCCAGGCUGAGGGUGCGCCUGGCAGCCCCAGCAAGCCCCUGCUGACCUGCCCCUUCUGCUUUGGCACCUUUGUGACAACUGAGGCCUAUGAGCUGCACCUGAAGGAGAGGCACCACAUCACACCAACAGUGCAUACGAUCCUGAAGUCUCCAGCGUUCAAGUGCAUCCAUUGCUGCGGUGUUUACACCGGCAAUAUGACGCUGGCAGCCAUUGCCAUCCACCUGCUGCGCUGCCGAAGUGCACCCAAGGACAGCAGCCCAGACCUGCAGGGCCAGCCGGCCGUGGGUGAGGACAGCAACGUGCUCCUGGCCACUGGCCAGGUGACUCAUGACACCGGUUUCUCUGUGAAGAGGAAGCUACCUGAUGGCCACGCUGAGGUGGAAGAGCCAAGCGAUGGGGACAUCAGUGCUGGCUCAGCCACCUCCCCAGAAAAGGCAGCGAGUGCCAUGCCCUUGAAACGACAACGUAGUGAAAGCAGGACGGAGGCACCACUUGUCAACGAUGAUGCCCUUCAGAUUUUAGCAUUAAAUCCUAAAAAAUAUGAAGACUGCUCUUAUGAAGAAAAAAAGCAGUUUCUUAGAGAUUAUUUCCACAAAAGACCGUAUCCUACUAAAAAGGAAAUAGAACUGUUGUCCUCGCUCUUGUGGGUCUGGAAAAUUGAUGUGGCUUCGUUUUUUGGAAAAAGAAGAUAUAUUUGCAUGAAAGCAAUAAGAAGUCACAAGGCUUCUGUGCUUUUAGGCUUUGAUAUGUCUGAACUUAAAAAUGUUAGACACAGAUUGAACUUUGAGUAUGAACCACAAAAUUUGUAAAAAAAACCUUAGGAAAUCUAAAGUAAUAGAUAAUUAGUAGUUUUUCAACUGAGAUUUAAAAAAUGUUAUUUUCUUCACUAUGUUGAACUAAUAAUUUCAGUGGUGUGAAAGCUGCUCUUUAGAUUUAUUUCAGGUGCUCAGACAUAAAGAAGUGGAUAGUUCUUUCCAAUUUGUUGUUUCCUGCAAUUUGAUUAUAUAACAAUCAGUUUUAGUUUUCCCCCAUUCUGUAAAUUAAAUCUUUUGAUAUUUCAUGUACGUCUUAUUUUCCCAGUAGUGUCAGUAUUGAGUGAUAAAAAACUGAAAUCCACAUGCUUGUUUUUUUUGUUUAAGGGAACAUCAUCUUGUUUGAGAAUGUGUGAUUAACUGCGUGUUUAAAGCACUGAUCCCCUCAGUCAGCUGCAUGUAUAGCAACCAGUAGCCCCAUAAAUGUGUAGAGAAAUGGGUACAAACCCUUGUGACGUGGGGCCCUGUAAGGAUGCACAGCAUUGACUACGCUGGUUUUUUCUUUGUAAGGUAGUUACUUAUCAGAUUACAGUUUUGAUUUUUGUUUUUUCAGGUUUGUCCUAACAGCUGUUUUUUAUUGUAACUCAUAGAAAACUAAAUGUUUUCAUUUGUUUAAAAUAUACUGAACCUGAAUCUUGGUAUUUAGCUCAUAAGUCAAAGGAGUUAUUUUACGAGUAAAGUAAUUCUGUAGGUGCCGAAAUACUUUUCACUGUAGACUUCCCCCCUCUUUUUGAUACAGUGAUAAGUCAUUUCUCUAUUAAACAGUAAGACAAUAAAUCUUUAGUGCCUUUAGAAUAAAACACACACACAAACUCUAUUCCUAACCUAACUGUUCAUAAACCAGUGAAAAGGAAGGGCUGUGUUACUCAGGAAUAGUUUUUUAACCCCUGAGUGUGGACACUAAUUGAAACUUAAACUUCGAUUUUCAGGGGACAAGAUGAAAUGAGCAGCCAAGAGCUGAGCCUCCAUGGUAGGUAUAUGAGACCUCUGACAGUUUCCUAGAAGGAAUUGUUUUUGUUUUUGGGAAAUGGGCAUUCCCACAGCCUAGUUGUCUGGGUUAAUGCAAUGGGGUAUUGCCAAAGAGCUCCAUUGUAUUUCUGCCCUUUGGAUGUGUAAACUUUAGUUUUUUUCACACAAUGUGAACUAACUUAAAGCACCAGAACCAGUCGUGGAGACCUUAAGUCAUUGCUGGUGACACGCAGCAGAGAUACCCAUCCAGUACAUGCAGAGGACAUGGCAGUCUCUGGGAAAUAAGGUAAUGUUACUAUAUGGAUUUUAAAGAUAAUAAUGCUUGCAUGUAAUUUCUGUAACGUGCAUUUUUGAGGCGGUUGUGCAAGGUCUGUGAUUGUUGAUAUAUUCUUGUAAAUUCAGAAGGAGCUUGUGGAAGUUUAUUUUUUUUUUACCUAUUGUUUUCAGAGUGUCUAUUUUGAAUUAAAAUUUGUUAUACUACU